CCUCGCUCACCGGAAGUGAGACAGCGGAAGUAGUGAAAAUCCCUUGGAGCAACGCGGGUCCGUUGUGUAGCUUGCUGGUGGGAUGGCGGAUGAGGAAGAGGACGCUACUUUUGAGGAAGAAAAUGAAGAAAUUGGAGGAGGUGCAGAAGGUGGACAGGGUAAAAGAAAGAGACUUUUUUCUAAAGAAUUACGAUGUAUGAUGUAUGGGUUUGGGGAUGACCAGAAUCCUUAUACUGAAUCGGUGGAUAUUCUUGAAGACCUUGUUAUAGAGUUCAUCACUGAAAUGACUCACAAGGCAAUGUCAAUUGGAAGACAAGGGCGGGUACAAGUUGAAGAUAUCGUCUUCUUGAUUCGAAAGGAUCCAAGGAAAUUCGCUCGAGUGAAAGACUUGCUUACUAUGAAUGAAGAAUUGAAACGAGCUAGAAAAGCAUUUGAUGAAGCCAACUACGGAUCUUGACAACUUUUGUACUUUCUGAAGCUUCACUAUCUUCUGAGGAGACCCUGUAUAGAAAUAACCAUAUGAUUUACAUAGUAAGGUCCUGACAACUAAUCAUGUAAGUGAAAGAUGGACAAGGACAGAGUUUCCCACCUUUUUUUUAUGUCUUUGAUUUUGGGGCAAUGGCUGAGUCUGUAACUGCCUGUCGUGAUACUGCCACACCUGAAUCACUUACUGGGUUUUAAUGACCAUGUGUAAUUGAAGGACCUUGCAGACCUGACUUUUGACUCUCUGACCAGUGAAGUGGUGUUCAUGUAUUAGGUGGAUUUGAGCCAUUGCUGGCCAUGCAGCUUAACACGUGAGGUCUAAACGCACCUUUGCCUUUCUGAGAGCUAAGACAUGACAGCCACACUGUAACGUUUUUAGACUACAGUAGUCUGAGGGCUUAUUAAAAGACAGUGAGAUGGUUUGUGUUUCUUUUAAGGAGAUAGUAGAAGGAAAUACAGUCUGUCUUAAGGUAAUAAUUUGUUUUAAUAUUCUUUCCUUUUGAUAAGGAGUGAUUUGUGGGAGGGAGAAACUAAAAGUUUCAUGAAUACUUUGUGGAAGCCUUUUUGAUUUAAAACCUCUCGUCUCGGGCAUAUAACAUACUAUUUGUCAAGUUUUAAGAGGACUCAUUUUCCCAGGUCAGAUUUCCCUUCUAAAUAAAAAUAAAGGCUUUCAGUAACAGGAAUGGCAUUGCUUGAAAAGCCGACAGCAGGAUAGUGUUUGGGUAGUGUUUUCUGAACAUUUGUUAGUACUUGUUCAUUGCAGAAAUGUGUACUCGGCUAAAACCAUAUGUGGCUAUGGAAACCACUUUUGUAGAUCAGGAUAUACAGGUUUUGUGUGUAUUUGGCUCAUUGUAUUUAUUAUUGUACUUAGCUUAACAUAAAGAUUAAAAUUGCAUUUAGAGAGAUCAGUGAAUAUUACUCUUUGUGAAACUAAUGUCUUGUGUACCACUUCUAAACAUCUGCAAAUCAGUACUCAGGAAAAUUUUACUUUCUUAACCUAUUGAUACUGCAUUAAAGUAUGAAAAGUUAAAAAAGAUUAA